AUGCAGGCGACUAGCGGCACGGCGGGGUAUCACACAUCUUUUGGCUACCGCACAGCGGGGGAGUUCACAGAUCCACUUCUGCGAGUCCGCGGGUACACAGAGCCACAACUCACUUCACCGCAACACGCAGCUGUUAUAUUGGCAGUCUCUUUUGUUACUGCGUGUUUAAAACAGCCUAUCGCGAAAUUAGAAUCAUUUUACUUUAUAGCAGAUGUGCCGGGUGAGUCCAAUCGCAUCUACGGAUCGGAUAAACGUGCACACUUUUUUCGUACGCUAUUUAGUACCCGUUGGUUUACUGGUCACUCUAUACUCUGGAAUACAUCAGAGUAUGUUUUUCUUCUUUCCGUUUUCACGACAUUACGUAAUGCCCUCUCUUUGAGUGAGAGUGACAAAAAAACAAAUAGAAACAACAACAACACAGCAAGAGGGUUUAUUGCUGGUGGUCUCACAGGUCUGGCAUAUGCGGCGGUGCGGCACCCAUAUGAUGUUCUCCGGGCCACCGCAGAUGUAGUUGAAGGUCCAAAACAGUUUAAGAGCGCUGGGGAUGUAUUGAAGACAGCCUUACGUGAAAGGCCCUCUGUAUUACUCGGUAUUUACAAAGGUUUUACGGCAGCAGCAUGUGGUAGAAUGGUACAAUUUGCUGCUCAGUUUGGUAUAUAUAAUGCAACUCGUUACGAUGGUGUUUAUCAUGAUACUUCUGUCCUUUUCCUCUAUUGUCAUUUAGCUGCCUUCUUGGGUCAACUACUGCAAUAUCCUUUUAUGUCUCUGAAAUAUCAAUUGCGUCUUCGAAAUCAAUUUACACGAGGACAACCUAUUACUUAUCGUUCUUACAUUGCAGAGAUACGAUCAAGACAUGGUAUUUCGAAGAUAUAUGAUGGAUUUUUCACCAGUCGUCCUAUUUUGAAUGCUAUUCCAGCAGCUUUGUUAAUGACACUAUACGACCUGUAUACUCGACGCUACACUGAAUACCUGCAUCCAGAGUUGCAGAAAUUGAAUGGAGAAGUGGACCAACCGCUCUGUAGUGUACGCACCGCUCCCUACGCGGAGUCACUCCCAAAGUAUCAAUUUGGGCAGAAAUGA